GUGUUACCCUUGUUUCAAAUUGGAAAACCUAAUUAGCACAGCCCCUCUUCACAUCGUCUCUUCCAUCAUCGUCCUUUCGUCAUCGUCUCUUCCACAACCUCUUCACAUCCUCCUCCACAUCGCCUCUUCCACAUCGGCUUUUUCCACCGGCCUCCAUCGCCUCCUCUGCAAUCGGAAACUGGCAUGGCGAUGAACUGCGUCAAAUUAUUGAGAAACCUUGGUGCGUUUAAGGGUGGGUUAGGAAAUUGUAGAACAUUUGCCGUUGGAGGUAAAUCGAAGAAAGGCAAAGGUGGAGGAGCUGCUGAUGCUCCAAAACAAUCUUCGCUAAGCAAAGAAGUGAAGUCCACCACAGUUGUCGGGGCCAAUAUCCUUAAAGAAGGUACAGAUCCUAAAAUACUGGCUGAUUCAGAAUAUCCCGAGUGGCUGUUUCACCUCCUUGACAAAAAACCAGCGCUGAGUGAGCUUAGAAGGAAAAAUAUAGAAACUUUGCCUUACGAAGAUCUGAAACGCUUUGUGAAGCUUGAUAACCGAUCAAGGAUCAAAGAAAACAACUCUACCAGGGCCAAGAACUGAUUCGAGUCUUCCAGGUUUCGUUUUUAGCCGUUGCUUAUGUCAUUGAUGAGUAUUGCAUAUCAUAAUAUAAACUAACACAGAGGUAAUGUCUGCCUACAUCCAAAAGGUCUAGUCCUUUCUUAUUUAAAAAAUAAUGCAAUUCAGAACAAGAUAAAGCUUUUGAUUUGUGCAAAUUCAGGAUUUGAUUGCUAGAAGAUUUAGGUGGUCUUAGAUUUCGGUAUAUGUUGAGUUAUCUAAGCUUGCAAUUUAUCUGUGAAUGAUAUUUUGGAAUUUUGGGCGGAGAUGUAUACUGGGUUUGUUUGG